AUGCUGCCGGUGGUGGUGGUGGUGCUGUUUCUGCUGGGACGCGUGCUCUGGCUCAGCGAGGCCUCCCACGUUCACCGGCGUGGGCUCCUAGAACUGGCAGGCACCGUGAGUUGUGUUGGCAGCCGCAGCCCCAUUGCCUAUGUGAACUACGGCUGCUACUGUGGCCUGGGUGGCAAUGGCUAUCCCGUGGACGACAUUGACAGGUGCUGCUAUAAACAUGACUGCUGCUACAUCCGCGCUGAGAAGGCUGGCUGCUACCCCAAGACCGAGAGCUACUCCUGGCAGUGCGUCCAACAGACCAUCGUGUGUGAACCAACGGCGGACAAAUGCCAAGAACUCAUGUGCAAGUGUGACCAGGAGUUCGCUUACUGUUUAGCCCCAACUACAUACAACUUAAAGUACCUUUUCUACCCCCAUUUCUUAUGUGGCAUAGACUUACCCAAGUGUGACAAACUAGACUGACUUCAAAUGUCCUUUUGCACAAGGAAAUAAAACUCAUUUUCACUAUCAACAACUGCAUCCAGUUCUUUGCAGGAGGGAACCGAGGCCAAGUGUGUUAAAGCUGCAAGCCUUGCAUUUGCUUUCUCUCCCGUCCCGGAAUCUGGGGCUGGAGCCUGUUUGGUCUCCAGUUUGAUUAAGGUCAAAAGUCCCAUGCCUCUGUUAUAAAACUGAAAGUGUGUUUAUGAUUGUGUUGGGUUUGAUACCAUUUUUGAGGUUCAACCUUUAUGAAAAGGGGCAAGCCUUGUCUUCUAACCUGCUCUUGAUGGUGGGUAGUCAAAUAUGAAUGAACACCUGCCAUGUGCCUGGUCUUUUCUAGGUUCUGGGUUGAGGAAAUAAACAAGACGGCCACAUGAUGCCCACUCUUGUGAAGUUCAAGUCUAGUAGUUGUUAGCUCAAGAAAGAGUAUUCUUCCCCAUCCCACUCCACCUUUAACAGUUAA